AUGAUCGGCGCUGUCAAAGAACUCGGCAUAAACGUCGCAAAGGACCAGGCAAACGGAAGCCCUAUUGGUGGUUACUUCUGCCCCCACAACCAGGACCCCAAGACUGCAACCCGUUCUUCCGCCAGGGAGGCCUACUACGACAACUUCACUGGACGUCAGAACCUCCACCUUCUUACUAAACGUCAGGUUACGAAAGUUGCCACUACUGGCUCAGGAGAUUCUAUCAAGGCAACUGGAGUAGAAUUCGCUGCCAGCAAGAACGCGCAGCCCCAGAUUGUCAAUGUGAACAAAGAAGUCAUCCUUGCCGCUGGAACGCUUCAUACCCCUCAGAUCCUCCAGGUUUCUGGUAUUGGCGACCCCGCCCUCCACGCCAGCAUCAACGUACCGACCGUUGUCGAUCUCCCAGCCGUCGGCCAGAAUCUUCACGACCAUGUCCUCUUGUCUGUGGUUAACACAAUCAACACCACUCUUCCCGUGAAUUCCCUCUUGACAAGUAAUGCUACCUUCGCUGCCGAGGCCCGAGCCCAGUACGAUAGUCAGCACAACGGCCCCCUUAGCUCCCCAACUGGUGACUUUAUUGCUUUCCUCCCGCUGUCUACCUACUCCAAGGCGGGCCAAACUCUCAGCUCCCAAGCUAUGGCUCAAGAUGGCACUACAUUCCUGCCCUCAGGGACCCCGGCCGAAGUUGUGAAGGGAUAUCAGGCACAGCAUGAGGUUCUCACCGACCGUCUUCUGGCCAACGACUCCGCCCUUCUCGAAGUUCUCUGGGCCGACGGCGUCAUGGUUCUUGGUCUUCAGCACCCUUACUCUCGCGGAAACCUCAAGGCUGCCUCCUCCAGCACUUUUGAUGCCCCGAUUGCGGACGCCGGUUUCCUCCAAAAUCCUCUUGAUGUUUCUUUUUUGGUUGAGGCGGUCAAGUUCACCCGGACUCUCACUAGUACCAAAUCCAUCGGGAGCCUACAGCCUUUCGAGGUUGUUCCAGGCGCCAAUGUUACCACUGACGAUGCGAUUGCCGACUUUGUCCGGCAGCAAAGCUCCACUCUUUACCAUCCUGUCGGUACCUGCAAGUUAGGCGCAAGAGAAGAGGGGGGUGUUGUGGAUGCCAAACUGAAAGUCUACGGCAUUAGUGGUCUACGCGUUGUUGACGCAAGUAUCAUGCCUUUAGUGCCUGCGACACACAUUAUGACUACGGUCUAUGCUGUCGCUGAGAAAGCUGCAGACAUCAUCCGCGGCAACACGGCUUAG